CAGCUCAGUCAUGUGAUCAGCUCUGUCACGCUGACAACUCGAGAGGAGAGCCGGUAAUCGGCAUUCCUCAAAGGGGACAUGUACACUGAUCAUCAGGGCACUGAUGAUCAGUGUGCCCUGAUGAUUAGUGUAGCCCCAGCAGUGCCACCUGUCAGUGUCCAUCAAUGCCAGCUGUCAGUGCUCAUCAAUGCCACCUGCCAGUGCCCAUCAGUGCCACAUCAAUGCCACAUAUCAGUGCCUACCAGUGCACAUCAAUGCCACAUAUCAGUGCUCAUCUGAGCUACCUUUCAGUGUCACCUAUCAAUGCCAGUCAGUGCCACCUAUCAGUGUGCAUCAGUG